AUGGAACCUUUUCGCGUGCGCCUCAACUGCGUCGACCAUUACCAAGCGACCGCGUCGGAACUGGACCCUCCAUUACCCUUUCGAGAUGGUGCAUCAGCGAAGAACUAUCGGCCUAGGGUACCCGUGAUUCGAGUAUUCGGCGCCACAGAAAUCGGUCAACGGGUUUGUGUUCAUGUCCAUGGCGCAUUUCCAUACUUGUACAUCGAGUACAAUGGGUCUUUGGAGGCUGAAGCAGUAAAUUCUGCGAUUCAAACACUUCAUAUCUCGAUCGACCAUGCUUUAGCUGUCAGUUAUCGUCGCAAUGCAUAUGACCAGAAGGUCGCCUACGUUGCACACAUCACGCUCGUGAAAGGGAUGCCCUUUUAUGGAUACCAUGUGGGCUAUCGAUUCUUUUUCAAGAUAUACGUUCUCAAUCCUUUCUAUAUCACCCGUCUAGCCGAUCUUCUCCACCAGGGCGCAGUGAUGAAACGACCCUUACAACCCUACGAGAGUCAUAUGCAAUAUGUCCCACAAUGGAUGUGCGACUACAAUUUGUACGGGUGCAAUUAUAUGGAUUGCAGAAAAGUCACGUUCCGAGCCCCGGUACCAGAAUACCUGGAGUUGAACAAUCUAGAACAUCGUUGGCACGAUCGGUCGAUUGAUCCCGAGAGUAUAACCGAUGACCCUGCUCUUGGAAAACAGAGUUACUGUCCCCUAGAGGCAGACGUUUGUGUGCACGAUAUCAUGAACCGAGCUGAUGUCAAGGAGCGCCCACUGCAUCACGACUUUGUAGAGAUGUUACGACCAGUUGCCUUCAACGAGCGACUUGUUCCUAGCGUAGCUGGGCUAUGGCAGGACGAGACGAAGCGACGCAAAAAAAGAAUGGGCAUAUCUGACCCGGGCAGUACUCCAUUUGGACCCGAAGAUUUAGUAUCUAUGUCCGCAGAUCCCAGAAACAAGUCCAAAGGAGGUUGGAUCCACGAAGACGAGUUUCGGGAAAUGGUGGAACAAAUUGCUGAAAACGAGAGGCGUGGGGAUAAUGAAAAGGAUGCAUCGUAUGAUAUGGUCUUGAACACAGACAAACAUGCCAACAGUGUCAAAACCGCCUUGAGCAGUGUCCAGGAUUUCUUCCCGGAUAAAAUACACCAAUCCACUUUCGAAACUCACGCUUCGCAAUCUGAUGAACAACCUAGAAUAUUCGUUGAUGAGAACAUUGCUUUGUCCUCUCAACCGGAAAGCUUUCAAGGGUUUGAUCAACUGGAUGGUGCUCUUGAAGCAGGAGCUGAAGGAUACCACUUGGAGAAACAGGAGAAACAGGAAAAUACCCUGGAAGAAAGCUUCUAUGAUGGCGUUUUUGAUGAUGUCGCCGAUGUAGAAAAUCCUGCAAAUGAUCAGACUGUUCAAUCCGGGCAGACCCCACCAGAAAAUGAGGAUCCCCGCAGAGACUCUCUGCCAUUGGCUUCAGAGGAUGGCCAGGAAACAGAGCUGGAAGAAAUCAACGAAAGUCAAAAAAUCCUCAAGCGAGGAUACGAAGAAUUCGUCUCCAAUGACCGCUUUGUUGCCAAAAAGCUGAGAUUCUGGAGCAGCUAUAAAUCACCGAACCCGUCAAGAACCGCAAUUAACAGAGAGAACCCCGAUAGAGAAGAAUAUACAGAAGCACCGGAUCAGCCUAAGUCAUCGCCAUCUGAUCCCAAUUCAUCAUCUUCACAAAAGACAAUUCGCCCCAAGAUGCACACAACCAAAAACCGACUACAUGGCAUCGUUGUGAAGGAUCCGAAUGACCCGUUGACUAUCCUUCGAUUCAGCCAAAGCCAACAUGACUCUCAGUCUUCUAAGAAAGCAUCACAAUCUUCCCAGAAUACGCGGAACUCGUUUCUAUCUGGCUCUGCUAUAGGCAGCUUAGGAAAUAGCCAUAAGACAGCAUCCUCAAAUCCAGGCUCUUCCUCCACACCCAGAGGAAUCCCUUCACUGGAUCCUCAUAUAUCUGAAUUGAAGAGAAGCCUUGCUGAUUCAUUUGAUUUCCUGUCUGGCAACGCCCUGCAUCUCCUUAGGCUAUCUGGCCCAGGAACCAAUGAGGUAAUUUCUACCAUGGAUCUCCAUGGCCGGCCUUCGGUCGUGUAUCAGAAGGCAUACUAUAGCGAUGGCACCGAUGUGCCUGAAAGGCCCCGGCAAUAUGCAGGUCGGGAGUUUCGGUUGGAAAGUAAUACCAUUCACUUUCUUCCAGAGUUCGACCCUUCAGCAAGUCUACCUGCAGUUUUUGGGGAGCAUUGUCCCAUUGUUUUGAACCGAGAACAGCAAGAACUAGCCGAUCAGAAACUACGAGAAUCUUGCACUAUGAGAGAAUGGGAAUUUGCUCCUGUCCCACCCAGUCGAUCUGAAGUGAUUGAAUGGUUUGAGCAACUUCAAGAGUCCCACAAUGUCACAUCAAAAACAACGACUCGUCCCUCUGCAUUGAAACCUGAAAUUUUGUCGCAAAUCGAAGGCCCAACACAGAACCCUUAUGGCUUCAAAUACUCCCAAAAGAGCAAAAAAACCAGUGUGGAGCACCAAGCUCAGCACAUGAGCACAAUGAGUUUGGAGGUGCACGUGAAUACCAGAGGACAUCUUUCAGCCAACCCCGCCGAAGACGAGAUUACCUGUGUAUUUUGGUGUAUUCAAUCUGAAGAUGCGGACACGCAUGUCAACAGCUACCUUCCUGGUGCCCAUGUCGGGAUUAUCUAUCAAGGCGAGGGUGAGAGACCUGAGGCCAAGAUCUCAAAAGCUCUGAAAGUUGACAUGGAAUGCGAGCCAACGGAGCUUGAUCUAAUCAAUCGUCUUGUUGACAUUGUCCGCGAAUACGACCCGGACAUCAUCACUGGAUAUGAAGUUCAUAACGGCUCCUGGGGCUAUGUGAUUGAGCGUGCUCGGAAGAAGUACGACUUUGACCUCUCCGAUGAAAUCUCCAGGGUGAAGGCCCAGUCUCAUGGAAAGUUCGGCAAAGAAGAUGACCGGUGGGGACAUGGUCAUACUUCGUCAAUUCAAGUUACUGGUCGGCAUAUGAUCAAUAUAUGGCGCGCGAUGAGUGGUGAGCUCAACUUGCUGCAAUAUACCAUGGAAAAUGUUGUGUUUCAUCUACUGCACCGCCGAAUCCCUCAUUAUUCUCACGAAGACUUGACGAAAUGGUACCGCAGCGAAAAACCUCGAGAUAUUUUCAAAGUCAUCGAAUACUUUACCUCCAGAGUGCAAAUCAAUCUCGAAAUUCUCGAAGCCAACGAGAUAAUUCCGCGCACAAGCGAGCAAGCUCGACUUCUUGGGAUAGACUUCUCUUCUGUCUAUUAUCGAGGAUCCCAAUUCAAAGUUGAAUCCCUGAUGUUUCGAAUCGCCAAGCCCGAAAACUACUUGCUUGUGUCCCCAAGUAGGAGACAAGUCGGGCAACAGAAUGCUCUGGAAUGUCUACCGCUUGUAAUGGAACCACAGAGUGACUUCUACACCAGCCCCCUUGUGGUUCUUGAUUUCCAAUCUCUCUAUCCCAGCGUGAUGAUAGCGUACAACUACUGCUAUUCGACGUUUUUGGGCAGAGCAAACUCCUGGCGAGGGCGUGAUAAGAUGGGAUUCCUAGAUUACGAGCGGCAGCCACGGCUGCUGGAACUGCUUAAAGAUAAGAUAAACAUAUCGCCAAAUGGCAUGAUCUACGCAAAGCAGGAAGUAAGGCAGUCACUGCUGGCAAAGAUGCUGACGGAGAUCCUCGAGACUCGAGUGAUGGUCAAAGCUGGAAUGAAGGCUGACAAGGAUGACAAGGCCCUACAACGGCUUUUGAACAACCGUCAACUGGCCCUCAAACUGAUUGCCAACGUGACAUAUGGUUACACUUCCGCGUCUUUCUCUGGCCGAAUGCCCUGCUCCGAAAUUGCAGACAGCAUCGUCCAGUCUGGUCGCGAAACACUGGAAAAAGCUAUUGCUUUCAUUCAUUCAGUGGAGAGAUGGGGCGCCGAGGUUGUAUACGGAGACACAGACAGUCUCUUCGUUUACCUGAAGGGUCGAACACGAGAUCAGGCCUUCGACAUCGGCGAAGAAAUUGCUAAAGCAAUAACGGACAUGAACCCACGUCCCAUCAAACUCAAAUUCGAAAAGGUAUACCACCCCUGCCUUCUACUUGCCAAAAAACGCUACGUCGGCUUCAAGUAUGAACAUCGUAACCAAACCGAACCCGAGUUCGAUGCCAAAGGCAUAGAAACUGUCCGCCGCGACGGCACACCAGCCGAACAAAAGAUUGAAGAAAAAGCCCUUAAGAUCCUCUUCCGCACCGCAGACCUUAGCCAAGUGAAAUCCUACUUCCAGCGACAAUGCAUGAAAAUCAUGCAGGGCCGCGUCUCCAUCCAGGAUUUCUGUUUUGCCAAAGAGGUCAAACUAGGCUCAUACAGUGACCGUGGUACUCUACCCGCCGGCGCUAUGAUCAGCACGAAGCGUAUGAUCGAAGAUUUCCGCCUGGAACCACAGAUUGGCGAACGAGUCCCCUACGUUGUGAUCACUGGUGCGCCAGGCUCACGAUUGGUAGAUCGCUGCGUUGGACCCGAGAAACUUCUCCAAGAUGCCCAGCUUGAUCUUGAUGCCGAGUACUACAUCACCAAGAACAUCAUUCCGCCCCUAGAGCGCAUCUUCAAUCUUGUUGGUGCAAAUGUUCGCCAAUGGUACGAUGAGAUGCCUAAGGUCCAGCGGAUUCGGCGCGUCGAUACAUCGAAUAGGAAUACAAAGGUCAUCAAACGGACGCUGGAAUCAUAUAUGCGUUCAUCAACGUGCAUCGUCUGCAGAGCGAAACUUUUGGAUGUCACCGAUACGCUCUGCAAAGAAUGUUUACAGCGUCCUCACCUCACUCUUUUAGAGGUCGUCUCGCGACUGCAACGUGCCGAGAAGCGAGUUGUCGAUCUUGAGACUGUGUGCCGAUCUUGUAUGGGUGUUUCAGCCAUUGAUGAGGUUAGCUGUGAUAGCUUGGAUUGUCCUGUUUUUUAUUCCCGUACACGUGAUGCGGCUCAUUGGCACCAUUCGAAGGACGUCUUGGAGCCGGUUGUUGAGUUGUUGGAGAAAAAGGGAGAUGAUGGGUUGGAUUGGUGA